GUAUUUCAACUUCUACCAUCGCUCGAGAAGCUACGCAGAACUCGAUAUGGCUCUCGCAUAUAGAGAACCUGCGAUCGACAUUAAUUUGCCAUCGAUGACGGAUAUUCCGCUGCAACUUGGACUCAUCAGCACAGAUGACCAGGCGCGAACGGCGAACAACGGCCAGGCUCCCCGUAUCACUACUUCGCAAUCCAUACAACAGACACAACGCAAUGAGCAGACGGCCAAGAAAGCAGACUUCAUCAAAGUAGUGUCGAAAUCGGUUGUACACAAGAUAGACAAGUACUAUGUUGGCCCACUUCGAGAGUUACCAGCCCCGCAAGAAGUACAGGAAAAAUGGGAAGCGAAUGUCAGGCCUGGCCUCGAACAGCAUAUAUGUCAGGCGACAAGAACCCUUUCCAAGUCUUUAAGAGAUGAACAGGUCAUCACCGAAGUGGUGCUAUGCAUGGCUGGUAGACAACAUGCCUUGUCAAGCCUUGCGACGCGGGAGACAUUUCCCAGAAGAUCGCUGUUACCGAAGGGUUCAGUCGCUCUGAUCCCCAUGGUCUGGAUUUAUUGUGGUAGUAGAAAAUGUAGAAGGAGAGUCGUCGAUUGUCUGCAGAAUCUCUCCUACUUGACCCAUUUCCUGGAGAUGUUUUCCAUGGAGGCACCUCGUGUUUCUCUCGAAGCGCCCUGGCCUGCGUCAGGACGGAUACCACUUGCUUUAUCUGAGUCACCUACAAAUCUUGUAGAGGUAUCGCUUACCGUGUAUUUGACACCACAUCGAGUCACACAUGGAAUUCCGGCCAAAUUCACCGUCAGUGAAGACCUGACGACUAAAGAAGCCACUUGCAUCAUUGGUGGGAUGAUCAUGGUGAAGGACAGCCUCUACGGCUUGACGACUGCGCAUCCACUCACGACAGCAUUCAGUGACGCCACAAGGAGCACCACAAAAUUAUGCGAUAGCGACUUGUCCUCAAGCGACGAGGAGGAUCAAGUGUCAGACGAGGGCAGUGAAGCAACCUCUGAUUCGAAUUCUGACCACUCAAGAUCACCACUGCGACAGCGGAAUUUACAGAACUCACCAUUUGAAGGAUCUAUGGCAUCUCCAAGUUCAUCAACGACCUCGCACAUAGUCCCUCAUCAUGAGACGAUCGACUUGCCCACACCCCGUCUGCUCUCAUACAUAGGACAAGCAACAAAAGUUGGAAACUAUAACCUGCCUCAGAUGAUCUCCCAGGUCUCAGACUUUGCUCUUAUUCAUUCUGAAAGGAUAAUCGACCACUGGAAUGAAAAUGUACCAUACCCGGUAACUAAGACCGCGAGUAGCAAAGAAUUCGUUUCAGGUGGGGUCGUCAUAGCCGCAGGCACUGCGCAAAGGUUGUUAGGCUAUCUGUUGAAGGAUGAAGCAUCGAUUAUUCUUCGAGGAGAGGUUGUACGCACCAGGAAGAUACAGAUUGAUAAGCCCGGUGAGAGAGGAUGGUCAGGCUCCUGGGUAUACUCGGAUAGUACAUUGCUCGGCAUUAUCUACGGAGCGUAUGACCAUAGUCCAUACCUACAUAUGCUUCCCAUCGAUGAUGUUUUCUCCGCCAUUGGAUGUCUGUUAGGGACUCAAGACGUUCGUCUUGCUAGUCUCGGUGACAUAAUGGAAGUUCGCAGAAUCAAGACAAUGCAUCAGGCCCAAGAGUCAUCUGCUCUCAAAAGGCCCCAUGAUACAAGUUCACAGACUACCGAAAGGCUAAACGGGCAGGCCACCGAUGCUCACAUGAGAAAAACGUUAGAGUUGAACGAACUCAAAGAAUCCUCUCGGAGCAUCAAGCCCAGUACAUCAGUUUCUACGGAUUCAGUGUUAAUGCUGGACAAAGACGAGUCUAAGCAGACGCCAAUCGUGAACGCUAUUGUCGAUGGGAAACUGAACGCUACGCAUCCAAAGCCUGCACCUGCAUCUCCCAAGCAGCGAGCGGAUAGCUCGCCCCAGGUACCUGCGGUGAACAGCAUCAUGAUAUCGAACCACCGCGAAGCAGGGACCGCACUCCAGCACGACUCCCAUAUCACCCGACCACAGGUGCCCUUUGCCAUCGACACAUUUCAGCUCCAGGACGACGCUAUUGUAGACUCUACCGGGACCAUCCAACAGAACUUUGUCUCUUCAUCCGUAGAGUCGCCGAUACCGUCGCGGGAUGCCUCGUACUACUCAUCCCCAAGCUCGAAUUUCCCCUCGACUGUCUCGAUGUCGCGUCCCGUUGCUGAGAACAACCAAACGAAUUCUAUUCGCAAUAGCAUGACUAUGCAUACUUCCAGCUUCAGCAAUGGAUACGGUCCUCACCAAUCAAUUAACUCAUCGACUUCGGUUCACACACGGGAUAUCACCAAUCAUGGUGACGCUGAUAAUACUAUGUUUGGCGCAGCUACUGACGGUAAUGUGUCAUUCGUCGAACCUUCUUACGAGCCUCAUAGGUAUAAGAAUUUUUCUCAAGUGCCCCCGUCUCCAUCAGAUAUUGAGUUCACAUUACUAGACGACGGCAUGUCUAUACUUGAAGCCAAUUGGAAAUGGGAGAGUGAUCUAACAAGCCAUUUGAACCCUUCUCCCACUCGUUAUCGUGCUGGACCUUCUCAGGAAACUAUCACGGUUGAGCCAACGGAAAUGGAACCUUCAUUACAACGUUUUCUUGAUGACGAUUACGGUGAAAUCAGAAGGCAGGAAGUUCCCCAAACAAAUUCCGUACUCAACGCUGGAAGUCCCAUGUACCAAGGAAUCCUUAAGAUGAAUAAGUCGUUGACCAACUCUCCAUCCGAAUCUGGCUUCAAUUUUGCUGCUUCAUCUCGUCCUCAUAGCCCAAGCGGAACAAACCAGAGACGAAACAGCAUGCCGACGACAUGUACUAAUUGCUUCACCCAAACCACACCGUUAUGGAGACGGAAUUCAGAUGGGCAACCGCUCUGCAAUGCUUGCGGUCUAUUCCUCAAGUUACAUGGUGUCGCGCGCCCACUAUCGCUAGAGACUGAGGAAAUCAAGAGGCGUAAUCGCACCCGUUACAAUCCCCAAACACUCAGCUCUGGGACCGAAUCAGAGUAUUCAAAGUCCACAGAUGCCUUUGGUAGUAGCGGGACGACUACUAGUAGCGCUAGUGGCAUAACGAAUAUCAAACCAGGCAGAAUGGUCCCAAUGACGCCUGCCGCUACAGAACCACAGCCUAUAGAAGCUGUUCAAGAUCACACAAAGAACAGAGCUUCUAAGCGAUUAUGGUACGAAAGUGGAAGUAGUGAUCAAGAGAUAGAAAUAGACGAUUUAGAUGACAUUACUGGCAAGGUAGGUUCCACAGUGCGUCAGAAAGGUCGAACGACUGCUGUAUCCGAUACAGUGCCACCUCAAAAUCUUGGAAAAGUACCUAUGGGGGCCAUGGGUCAGGGUUCACAGCAGACCGGACCGCAAGAGUGGGAGUGGUUAAGGAUGAGCUUAUAA